AAGAAAAUCAUUAAAAGAGCUCUUAAUGAACUUAAGAAUUAUCUAACAAUCUUUAAUAGAACAAUUGCAAAAAAAUUUGGCAUUUCUGAGACAACUCUAAAACAUGCUAUAAAAAAUAAAGGUCCUUUAAAUUAUCCAGAAUUUGCCAAAGUUUUAACUGACUAUGAAAAACAACAACUAGUCAGUUAUUGUUUAAAUAUGCAAAAACUUGACUUUGGAUUAACAAGAUCAGGUAUAAAUCAUUAUGUUAUAGAAAUUAUUAACAAAAGUAAAAAACAACAUUCCUUUAAUAAAAGUGAACUGAGCAAGUUAUGA